GGCUCGUACGUUGGUUUGCGUGCAGCCAGCAGCAACAGCUUGGUUGAUCAGGCUCUGAUUCACCAGGAGGCCUGGUCACAGACCGGGCCGCGGGGGCGUUGACCCCCGGAACUCUCUCCAGGUAAACACACAGGAGCUUGGACUCGACUCCGGAGGCAGAGCUCAAUAACACCUACACUUUGGUGGCCCUUACAAACCCCAACAACAACAAGUUGUCCCUAAGUCUCCUUUCCGGUUCUGGGCUUGUGGCACACACACGUUUAUUUUUUUGUCCCAACGGAAGACUGUGGGUGCUUUCGAUAUAUACAUCUUGUUACUAUAGAUCCAUGUUCUUGUUGGCUGGGUUUCUACAGUUCUUUUAUUCUUCAUGACACAAAUGAUUAAGAAGGAACAUCAGUUAAGACUUCGUUCCGCUAAGUUAUUAUCGUGGAGGUACCUUCAUGUUUUUUAAUGACUAUUUUCAAACGAAAAGUUAUUAGUCAUGGCUGCUGAGGCAAAAAAUGCAGCCGACAUUACUAAACAAGGGUAAGCAUGGAGUGCUAUUCACACCACAAGAGAUUGAUCAAAUCGCCAGGUUCCUUGUUGCAAAUCAGCGGCGAGAAAGAGAAAAUCUUAUCAUCCCCAGAACCUUCACUCCCGUAGUGAUGAAAUCUAGAGAAGAGAAAGCCGUAGAGGCAGUCUUUGAAAGUUGUCCCUUCAAGGGUAUUUUAUCGCUAUUUGCAGGCUUUGUGCUUGGUGGAGGUAUUGGUUUAUUUGCUGCCAGUGUCACACCUUCCAUUCCAACCCCAGACAAACCAUUGCCAUCUGCUCGAGAAGGCAAAGGUUAUAGGUCAUUCUGA